GGCUGGAGCCGAGCAUGCGCAGAGCGUCUCCUCGCAUUUAUUAACACAAGAAAUCACAAGCGUAUUGACGGAGUUUAAAGUGCAGAGUGAGAGUUUUUAAGGAAAGGAAAGCGUCCUGUGAAGAAUCAAGGGAUGAAGUUCCCUGUGGAUCUCCUGGCUGGUGUCAGCCAAUCAGAGGUGGAGCAGUCGGCCCACGCCUACAUGAACAGCCUCCUCUACAGCGACCCUGACUGUCCUGACCAGCUCCGCCUCUCUGACUCCACCCAGGUCACCAUAGAUGUUUCCAGUGUGGGCUUCAUCCCUCUGUAUGGAUCCAGUGAUAAGCAGCGUAUACUGGCUCUCUUCUCUCCCUCUGACCCCCUCACUGCUGUGGCUCUGUUCCUGCUGGACAGGUGGUGGACAGUGGACGGCCUCCUGCAGACAGCAGACCCUGAACGAGAUGGAGCUAUGGAGGUGGAGACGGUAGGAGAGAGGAUAGUCUUAUACAUCCUCAAUCGUGUCGUGUAUAGAGCCCAGGAGAUGAGCUCGGAAGAGCUCCCCUUCCUCUGCCACGGAGAGAAAGAUCAUGCAAAGAUCCUCUGGAGUCAUGGAGAGGCUGUCGGCUUCUACUCAGUCAAACCCCAAGGUACCCUUUGUAGUUCCUAUUCAACCAGAAGCUAUCAGCUGACUGUCAUGGACUCCAUAUUUGUUAGAAAAAGUCAGCGUGGGAAUGGCUUCGGCCUCCAGAUGCUGGAGGACUUCGUGCUCAGUUCCAAAGAGGACUGUCUGGGUCUGAGGUACCCGCUCACAAAACCCAUGUAUAAAGUGUGUCAGAAGUACCUGUGCCAGUACCCAGAAGACACACAUCUGCUGUGGGAGGUGGAGAGCAUCGGGGCCCCCAACCAGAGGACCAACAUCUCGAGCAGGAUCCAGGCCAUGGAUCAAAUCGCAGUAUCCAAGAGUCUGACGUUCACAGAGGAAUCCCUGGUGAUCACUGAAAUGACUGAAAAGGAUGUGGUGAUGGAGGCAAUAAGCACUCAAAUAAAAGAAGCUGAAUCUAUGGAAUGCACAGUUGAAAUUGUGGAGGAAGUGACCGUACUGAGCGCUACCAAAGUUUCUGAGGCGGAGGUGCCCCCUACAUCCCGGGGAAGAAGCAGUGGCUCAAAACGAAGGAAGAUGGCUGAAACGAUUGCAGAGGACAAGUCCGAAAAAAUAAUCAGAAUUGAGGAUAUCGAAGCAGAAACCCCCAGAGAGGAGCACGUUGCUGAAUCUCUCCAGACUGAGGAUGUGAUCAGUGUUGUCCCUGAAGAACAAGGACAGGAUGUAGUUGAUACAGAAGCAACUAUAUUGGGCCGACCAGACGGAGGCGAUGCUCCCCAGGAUCUGAAUACCUGCUCUCAUGACUCUCAGAUAGCUGUUGAGAAUGUGGCAUCGGGAAUCGAGGAAGAUACUGCAGUGCUGCCGCUCUGUGGAGACAUUUCAUUGGUACCCAAGGAAGCAGAAACUCUGCACAGCGUGGAACAGGCAGCAAUAGUUGAACAGCAAGUGGUCAGUUUAUCAACACAUGCAGCGGCAGAGAACGGUGAAGCUGAAGAAACAAGAGGAGCCGUUGUAAAGGCCAAAAAAGCUGCGCAGAGUAAAACCCCCAGACGCAAAUCUACCCGUCACAGCAAGCAGGAGGAGCAGGAGGAGGAGGAGCAGGAGGAGGAGGAGCAGGAGGAGGAGGAGCAGCAGGAGGAGGAGGAGGAGGAGGGACCUGCAGCCCAGGAUGGACGGAUCUCUCUGAGAGGAAGAACUGUAGUGAGCACACCCAGAACCACACGGAAAUACACACGACGCAUCCAGAGAGUAAGGGAGGAGGUCGAUGGAGUUUCUACACCUGCAGCUGUCACUGAGGGAGAAGCACAAGAGGAGAAGACCUCCGUAAAAGAGGAUGUGGUUGCAGUGGAAGAACUGGCCGAAGACAAGCUGGAAGAAAAUGAAGAGGAGACAGAGAAACAGCAGGAGGAGCAGGAGGAGGAGGGACCUGCAGCCCAGGAUGGACGGAUCUCUCUGAGAGGAAGAACUGUAGUGAGCACACCCAGAACCACACGGAAAUACACACGACGCAUCCAGAGAGUAAGGGAGGAGGUCGAUGGAGUUUCUACACCUGCAGCUGUCACUGAGGGAGAAGCACAGGAGGAGAAGACCUCCGUAAAAGAGGAUGUGGUUGCAGUGGAAGAACUGGCCGAAGACAAGCUGGAAGAAAAUGAAGAGGAGACAGAGAAACAGCAGGAAGAACUGGAGCUUACGGCAGAGACCGCAGCAACACAGGAUCACGAGGAGGAAAAGGUUACGGAUGAACGUGAGAAAAAACAAACGGGUGAUGAGGCGACACAAAAUAAACCAGAUGUCUCCGAGGAGGAGGCAGAGGAGCCUCCUGUUGUACAGAAGAGAGAUCUGAGAGGCAGAUAUAAAGUCGUUACCAAACAAAGCAAAUAUCUUAAAAAGCAAGAGGAGGAGCACCUCGAUGAAGGGGAACAGAAAGCAGAGGAACAAGCAGCAGGUGCACCUAUGGAGGAACACCAGCAGGUAGAAGAGGAAGCAGACAAAACAGAAGGAGAGAUAUCAACCGAGGAAAAGACUGUAGAGGAAACUGUUCCAAAGGCAGAGGAAGUUGCUCCUUCUACUGAGGUGAAGGUGGAGGAGGGCAAGGAGGUGCAGGUGGAGGAAGAGACUACAGAACCUGAGCAAGAGGCAGUCUGUGACACUGCUGUGGCAGAGGACGUGACACAAGAGCCUGACACAGCUGCUGCUGCUGCUGCUGCUGCUUCAGAGACAGUCACACCUGAGGAGGUUCCUAGAGAGACUGGAGAGCCUCAGGAGAAGGACAUCAGCUCUGAAAUCCCCAAGCUCCAGAAAGCCAUUGUGAUCUUGGUGGACAUAAAAACAACGAGCCAUCAUCUUAGUGCGAAGGAGGCCGAUGAAGCAGUGGAUGGAGAGACUGCUGCUCCAGAAGAGCAACACGAAGAGGAGGGUGGAGGGAAGCAGGAACACAUUUCAGAGGGAUCUGCAGAGACUGACGAGAAGCAAGAGCUGGAAGACAAUUCUGAGAAAGCAGAAGAAAAACAAUCUGCCAUUGUGGCAGAGAAAGAAAUGGUUAUUGAAACAAGAGAAGAAAAGUCAGCAGAGGAAAGUGAAGGCCAGCAGCAGCAGGACGACACCAUGGGUGAGGGUAGUGGUGAACAGAAGGUGGAGGAAGCAGACCCUGCUGAGGAGGAGCAGCGUGAGGCAAAGGAAGCAGUCACAGCUCCAGUGGAGUCUGCAGAUACAGACAUCUGUGCAGAGAGAGAGGAAGACGUCCCAGACCACGCUGAAGAGAGUCUUCCACCAGCGGAGGAAGGAGAUGAGCCAAGGAGCCUGGAAGAGGAAGAAACACCAGUUGUAGUGACCAGAGCUCUGAGAAACAGAACCAAAACAAGCGCAGCUACACCAAGACGCACAACAAGAAGCAGGAAGGAAGUGGAUGCAGAAAACAGUGAAGAAGAGGAAGAACCGGCAGUGACCACACUGAGACGUGGGAGGAAAGCCAUCUCUGACACGCCCAAGGGCAAGUCUAGAAGAAGCCGUAAACGCGUCCAAGAAGAAGAGGAAAGUGUGGAGGAAGCAGAGGCAGCAAAGGAAGAGGCUGAGGAAGAGAUUAAACACGAAGCUCCCUCUGAAAGAGAGGAACGUUUGGAGCCAAAGGAAGGUGUCGAGAAGGCAGCUGCAGAAAAGAGUACUGAUGGAGAUAAUGAAGAAGAAGCAGGGCUGGGAUCAACAGAGGAGCCACCCACAGAAGAGGACAAGGAGGAAGCCCCAGAAGCUGAUGCUGAGGAUCCUUUGGUACAAGAAGGAGAGCCUGACCUUGCUGCUGACUCAGCUGUACUCGCAGCUACUGAACAAGAGGCAACACCUUCAGUGGAGGAGCAACCUAGUGAGGAAACUGCCCCCCAGCUUCCUGAUCUCCAAGAGACACUGCUGAAUGACACCCAGGAACAAACACCAGCAACGGCUCAGGAGAAUGCUCCUGAGCCGGAGGUGGUGAAGGUGGAAGAGGAGAAAGGAGAAGCAGUGACAGCACAAGCUACAGAAGAGGGUGAACGUUCUAAUGAAGUGGAGCAGGAAGCUACAGUCAUCGAAAGCAGAACAAGGAGAAGUGGUAGGAAGCAAGCGGCCGAAGCCACGCCAAGAACCCAAGCAGCGAGAAGCAGACAGAAAAAGGGGGAUGGAGAAAAGGAGGCAGCUUCUGAAAUCCAGGAGAAGGAACCGGCUGUUGAAGUCAGGGUUCUGAGGAGAGGAAGGAAGAAGAGUAUCCCUUUUGCACAGACAAGCACACAAAGCCCCAAGAAACCUGAAGAAGAAAAGGAAGAAGAGGGGGGAGAUGUUGUAGAGGAAGAGGGGAAAGGGGCAGAGAAAGAGAAGGAGGUGGGAGAGGUAAAGGGAGAGGAAGAAGAAGAAAAGCAGGAAGAGGUUUCUGCAGCAGGAGAUGAAGAGUCAGAGAACACAGAACAGGCGGUUGAUGAGGAGCAGGGGGAGGGAGGGGAGGAAAGGGAUGAACCUGUCCCAGAGGAAGAGCAGGCAGGCGAGGACACAGAGACUGCAGAAGAAGCUGUCCCAACGCCGGAGACAGUGGAGGAGGAACAGCCAACCUCCACAUCUGAAGGAGCAGAGAGUGCCCAGGAGACCGUGGAGACAGCAGAGGAUGACAAGGCCAAAGGUGCGUCUGAGGAGGAGGAAGCAGCAGGAGACACACCUACUGCAGAAAAACAAGAUGACGAGGAAGAGGAAGCUGGAGGAGAAAGCGCAGAAGAAGAAGAACCACCAGUAGCAACAAGAGCUCUGGCAGGUGGAAGGAAGUCUGCUGCAGCGAGACGUUCCUCCAAGAGAGCCCGCACACAGCGGCAGACAGAGGAAGAAGCUCCUGAAGAGGCAGAAGCAGAGGAAACGGAAGCUGUGCCGCAGGAAGCUGCAGACAGAGAGGUCAGCACAGACGGGACGAUCGAGGAAGAAGAUGGAGAGGAAGCUGCAGCUCAGGAAGAACUUACAGAGGUGGAGAAGGGAAAAGAAGAACCUGUGGCAGAGCAAGAGACGGUUGGAGAGGAGGAGUGUGCUUCUGUUGAAGAAACAGCUGCAGACAGACUUAAUGCUGGACAACAAGAUGCAGAGGAAGAGGUAGCUGGAGGAGAAAGCGCACAAGAAGAAGAACCAGUUAUAGAAACAAGAGUUCUGAGGAAGGGAAGGAAGUCUGCUGCUGCAGCACAUAGCCGUACAUCCAGAAGAGCCCAACACCAGAAAGAGGAAGAAGCUCCUGCACCUGAAGACACGGAAGCAGAGGAAGAAGAGGCACCGCAGGAAGAGGAGGGAGCAGCAGUGCCUGGAGAAGACAGUGAGGAGGCUGAGGAAGAGGAGACAAACACAGCUGAGGAAGAGGAGAGCACAGUCAUUGAAGGAUCUGCUGCAGAGGCUCUAAGUGAAGAUGAAUCUGGGGAGGAAGAGGACGAAGCAGAAAGAGCUCUCGGGAGCAAAGUGGAAACACCUCCUUCAUCCUCUCCAAAAUCCAAAAGACAGAAAGACCAAGAAGUAGAGGACUCACCGCGGAGAUCCGUACGGAAGAGGCCAAGAGUGGACUACAGUGAGAACGAUGAGGAGGGGGAGACCGACCCAGAGGGGAAGGGUCAGAAGGAACCAGAGGAGGGGAGGGAGAAGAUCCAUCUGGUACUGGAUUCAGAAGAAGAGGAAAGUGAAGAGGAAGAGGAGGAGCCUGUAGAGACUGGGAAGAGAGUCCUUAGAGGGAGGUCUGUCCCUUCAGUGGUGAUCACCCCCCGGCCUCAAACCACACGCCGCAGUGCUAGAGUUGAGAGGGCAGAGGGGCGUCUGACUCGCUCCGCUCAGAAGAGAGGGAGCAGCGAGGCUACACCGAGUCGCAAGCCCAAGAGAAUCAGCAGAAUUUAGGAGGAUUCACACACACACACACACACACACACACACACACACACACACACACCUGAAUACUUUAUUUGGUUCCACAAAUUAUAUUACAUAAGACAGGGAAUCAAAUAUAUUGGGGCUAAGCAGCACAGAACACUCAGGGGAACACAUAGCAUCUCCUUCUCCACACGGCUAAGCAUCAGCCGCAAGUUUUUUUUUUUUCACAUUUGAAUACACACACGCAGCUACAUAACAGGGUAAAUGCAGACACAUAAAAACACUUUCUCAUGCUGUAUUGAAGCGUCUGUAGUGUGCAGGCUGACACACUACUGUACGUUUCCAUCUUGAUUCAAAGCAAUGGUGUUAUAGAGUAGUGCAGGAAUGAGUGCUAAACGUGGAAAUGAGUUAGCAUUUUAGCAGCUCCGGGUUCCCUCGACUCGAAGACAAUGUUUUUGUGUUCAGUUCUUAGUUAGAGGCCUGAAAUAAAUUCUGUGGUUAUUACAAGCUUACAAGAUAUUCAUGAUUUGUUCUACGACAUAACAUACGUCAUUAAACACCCCACUGGUGAAAGUCAUCGUGUUUUACGUGGCUUAGAAACAAAAGAUUUAAAAAGUGACUAAAUGAGACUAGGACACACUGUCAGGCUAAAGAUUAGCCGCCUUUAGCUUAGCGGUAGUUUGGUUAGAGCAUUAACCUGUUGAACCCCAUCGACCCGCCCCCCGCAGGAAACAGCGUCUGAGGGCUUCUUAAUAUUUAAUAAACUAUGAAUGUUUUAUAUCCAUGUAACGGGAAGAAAUUCAGCUAACUGAUCUUUAUUUAUUUUUUUUGCACAAAAAAAAUCACAAAGCUAACGCUGAGCCUCUGAAUUAGCCACGAGCGAAAAAAUGCUAACGCCGUUCGCACAGAAACUCACUCAUAACACCCUUAUUACUUAUCGUAACUGCACAUCCAACAUAUCGAUUAGCAUCGUGAGAAUACACAGAAUCGAUAGGUAUGUAUAUCAUCACUCCGUGAUACGAACUCGCGACAACAUUAACAAAAACAGACAUCAAAACACGUGGCGCUAGGUAGCCAAAACGAGAAUAUGUCUUACCUGUGUCGUAGUCUGGUCAAAAGUUGUCUUCAAUGGCAUUAAAACGAUAACAACGCUGCUGAAGUUAAUCCAAAGGUUAAUCCAAUGUGUCUGUGUCACUUUGAAAUGAUUUCUGAUAAUCCAUCAGCAAUAAACCUAGUUUUCAGAUUUCAGAGCGAGAGAUAGGUUUCGAUUUGGGGAAACUGCAUGCGCAUAGCCCCCACUUUUUUUUGGUAACGUUGGUGUGUAUGUGGAAAUUCCCCAUCGAUUCUAUUGGCUAUAACGGUUAAAAAGAGAUGUCAAUCAUCAAAA